AUGUGUCUGUGGUGGUGCGCCGCCGUGCUGGCAUUGAACGGCACCCGCGUCACCGCAGGCGAGCGCGAGCGCGUGAACGACGUGCGUCGCCUCGAGAUAGACGCAGGUUUAACGGUCGUCGUCGACGUCGUCGCUGUCGAGUCUCCGGACGAUUGCUCGUGGGGACUGGGCCUGCGCGCUCCUGCAGCAGCCGACGCCAGCGCAACGGGCCCGCGGAACCUCGACACCGCAUCCCCAUUCCUCAACCUCUUCUCUGAAAAAUCGCGGCCGCGCAGAUCAGAUGGCAGGUCAUCGUCCGUCUCCUCGUCCGAGCUACACCGCGAUCCCGAGCUGCGUGCGUCACAAGAAGAGAAGACAGAUCAGCAUCGAGGCGCCCCUCUUCGGAGGGAGAGGGUGCUAGCGCUAAAGGCAGUGUGGGAUUCGGACGCACCUUGA